GGAGAAAGUAAAUGAAGAGGAAGAGUCAUCGCUGUCAUGGUCGCAGUUAAAGAGGUGGUCAGAGUCAGAAGUCUCCCUUAAGCAACCUUCCAAAUUUAUUGACAUUUCUGUUUCCCAAGAUCCACCCACCACUCUCCUCUCUCUCUUCCUCAUUUCUGCGCAAGAAUCUAAACCAAAUCUCUCAUCCUCUCUUCUAUGUCCCAAAACAGGAACAUAACUACUACUACUACCAUGUCUUGACUCUGUUGAGAAUCUUAAAUCCUACCUAACCUCCAAUGGGUAAGAAGAGCGGUUCUUCUUCUUCUUGGCUCACUGCCGUGAAACGAGCUUUCCGAUCUCCCACCAAGAAAGAACACAACAACAAUGCUCAUGGUAAUGAAGUCGACGAAGAUGAAGACAAGAAGAAAGAGAAGAGACGUUGGUUAUUUAGAAAAUCUACGAAUCAUGACUCUCCGGUGAAGACCUCCGGCGUCGGAAAAGACGCUCCGGCGCAGAAAUCCACAGAAACAACGACGAUCAUCAACCCAACCGUUUUAUCCUCUGUUACAGAACAGAGGUACGACGCAUCUACACCGCCGGCCACCGUCUCCGCCGCAUCGGAAACUCAUCCUCCUUCGACAACGAAGGAGUUACCAAAUCUUACAAGACGUACUUAUACCGCAAGAGAAGAUUACGCAGCUGUUGUAAUCCAAACUGGUUUCAGAGGCUAUUUGGCAAGAAGAGCAUUAAGAGCAUUGAAAGGGCUAGUGAAGUUACAAGCACUAGUGAGAGGUCACAAUGUGAGGAAGCAAGCAAAGAUGACUUUAAGGUGUAUGCAAGCUCUAGUUCGAGUCCAAUCUCGUGUGCUUGACCAACGGAAACGCUUGUCUCACGAUGGUAGUCGCAAAUCUGCCUUCAGCGACACUCAAAGUGUGCUCGAAUCUCGUUAUCUUCAAGAAAUAUCAGACAGAAGAUCCAUGUCAAGAGAAGGAAGUAGCAUUGCGGAAGAUUGGGAUGAUCGACCACACACGAUUGAGGAAGUGAAAGCAAUGUUGCAACAAAGACGAGACAAUGCGUUGAGACGUGAGAGUAACAAUAGUAUAUCACAAGCUUUCUCUCACCAGGUUCGGAGAACAAGAGGUAGUUAUUCUACAGGAGACGAGUAUGAAGAAGAGAGACCGAAAUGGUUAGACAGAUGGAUGGCUUCUAAACCGUGGGAUAAACGAGCUUCAACGGAUCAAAGAGUACCACCGGUUUACAAAACCGUGGAGAUCGAUACUUCUCAACCGUAUUUAACCCGCGGUAACUCGAGAACCGGUGCAAGUCCAAGCCGUAGCCAAAGGCCUAGUUCACCAUCAAGGACCAGCCACCAUUACCAACAACACAAUUUCUCAUCAGCUACACCAUCUCCGGCUAAAUCUAGACCGAUACAAAUUCGAUCCGCUAGUCCGCGGAUCCAAAGAGAUGAUCGGUCAGCGUACAACUACACAUCAAACACACCUAGCUUGAGAUCUAACUAUAGUUUCACAGCAAGAAGUGGUUAUAGUGUUUGUACCACUACUACUACUGCUACAAAUGCUGCAUUGCCAAACUACAUGGCGAUUACGGAAUCUGCUAAGGCUAGAAUCCGGUCUCAGAGUGCACCAAGGCAACGGCCUUCAACACCCGAGAAAGAACGUAUCAGUUCAGCUAGAAAACGGCUUUCGUUUCCAGUUCCACCGCUGCCGCAGCAAAUGGAUGGUCAGAGUUUAAGGAGUCCAAGUUUCAAGAGUAUAGGUGGCUCACAAUUGGGUGCAUUGGAACAACAAUCAAAUUACUCUUCUUGUUGUACUGAGUCUCUUGGUGGUGGUGGAGAGAUAUCACCUGCUUCUACUAGCGAUUAUAGGCGAUGGUUAAGAUGAUUCCAUAAUCCAACCAAAUCAACCGGUCAUGAUUUUUUUCCUCCCUUUUUUUUUUUUGUUAUAUAUAAAUAAAAACAAUUUGACAAAAAGAACCAUAACUUUUUCAGUUUUUAUUGAUGAUCUUUGAGAUUGGUGUGUAAUUUUGUUUGUGUUUAUGUUUGUGUGUGUGAAUUUGUAGCUUAUAAUUGGAAGUGUUUACUAACUAAUCUCUAUAUAAAUAUGUAUGCUCAUAUUUUUAUCUAU